AUGACCUCCGCCAACAGGCAGUCUCAAUUGCAUAACGCCCCAAAAAAAAAGGGCCAAAGGUCCAAAAAUUUGGGAGAUGCAUUCGGUGAAGCGGGGAAUUCACCAAUCAACAGGAGUUUAAAGGUCAGCGAGGGCAAAAUUUGGGAGGGCGAGCACAACAACGGAGAUACUGGUCCGCUCAGUUCAUUCUUGCGUUAUGCAAAGUCUCGCGCAUCUGCUGCAAAUCCAAAACUUGCUAUUGGCCGCAUCGUUGGUGAUGACCAUUAUCUGUGCUGUUAUUGGUUCAUCUUCCCCGAUCGACGUUUCCGCCGCCCCACUAAGGUACAUUCCAUUGUGUCAUCAUUGGCCACCGCUCGGUCUUAG